AUGUUCGGCCAAUUACGUCCACGUUACGAUCUUAUUAAUGCCAGUGCUGGUGAACUGGCGUCUGACGAUGUCAACGCAAUAAUGCGCACCCUCACCACCGUCAAAAUUCCGCACAAGGCGCGCGCAUCCCUCCUUGGAGGCACACCCGAUCCCUCAUAUCAACCACUGGCUGGCGGAUACCACCAGCGUGAAGGCUACGACAUCACCCCUCAACAACCUAGAAAGAAACGAUUCGCCAUGUAUUUACCAGACUCGAGAUGGUCAUGGGCUUUCCUGCUCAUUACUUUGUUUCAAGCUGCUGUCAUUCUGGCCUUUGAGGCAUGGAUUUUCGCAGUCUUUCAAAUCGAUAUCAACAACGCCAAUGUCCCAGAUGCGCAAAAGCGAACGAUACCUACCUUUCUGACGCUCUACAUUUUCGGCUUCGUAUACCAGCUAGUGCUGGUGUGGGAUGGGCUCAGACUGAAGAACACCAUCCAGAUCAUCGGAUUGGUGAUGUACAACGUUGGUCUCCUCGUCUACGGAGCCGUACAGAUGGAACAGAUCGAGGACGUGGCAAAGCAACUUCCCGCUGAGAUCAAGCAAGACAUCUGGUCUCGAACACGGCCCUAUCUGGUUGCAAUUCCCGCCAUACUGGCUCUCGGCACGGUGCUGCUCGCUUUUGCUGCAUGGAAACUAUACGACGAGUUCGCAUGGACCAUCUACAAGCAUAUUUCCGCCGAUCUGAGGAUGAAGCGAAGGUAUCUUACCUUCCAAAUCUACAUCGCACUGCUGAAGUUCGAUUUCUUCUUCUUUCUCGGCUUCACGGUUCAGUUCGUCGUCAUUGUUGAACGAUUUACCGUCGAAUUCUACCUCACGAUUGCAGCCAUCCCGGUCACCAUUGCCAUUCUCUUGGCGGCAGCAUUCUUUACAAGGCGGGAAUCUUUGGUCGGAACGAUCUGUGUCAUUAUUCUCUACUUUGGCGGAUUGACAUACUUUAUCUUCAAGCUCGUCAGGAUGUACUCAGAUGGCUUCGAAGGACCAUAUAUUCCAGCUCGAAAGGAACUCACAGCAUUUGCUGUCAUCACGAUUGUUUCUCUACUACUCACGAUCACGAAUGCUUGUGUCUGUGCUCACAACUAUGGCCAAGGUCUCAAGCCAUACGUCGCUAAACGCAAGAUUGUCGUUGACGAGGAGAAGAUCAGUGGUAGCGCAUAUGCUCAGUACGCUACUGAGAUGCAGCCACAACCAGGGAAGUUGCCUUCGAGGCCGACCGGGAGGAUGGAGAUCGACUGA